UGUUUUUCUGCCGGUUGUCGCUCAGUCGCUGCUGCGGAGUUGCUGCAGGGAAGAUGUCGGGUCGCGGGAAGCAGGGCGGCAAGGCGCGAGCCAAGGCCAAGUCGCGCUCGUCGCGGGCCGGGCUGCAGUUCCCCGUGGGCCGCGUGCACCGGCUGCUGCGCAAGGGCAACUACGCGGAGCGCGUGGGCGCGGGCGCGCCGGUGUACCUGGCGGCCGUGCUGGAGUACCUGACGGCCGAGAUCCUGGAGCUGGCGGGCAACGCGGCCCGCGACAACAAGAAGACGCGCAUCAUCCCCCGCCACCUGCAGCUCGCCAUCCGCAACGACGAGGAGCUCAACAAGCUGCUGGGCAAGGUGACGAUCGCGCAGGGCGGCGUGCUGCCCAACAUCCAGGCCGUGCUGCUGCCCAAGAAGACCGACAGCCACAAGGUGAAAGCGAAGUGAGCACUGAUCAAAGGUUGCCAAGUUUAACCAAGAGAAACCCAAAGGCUCUUUUAAGAGCCACCAACUUUCUCAUAAAAGAGCUAAAUUGCUUUUAAGCAUUGAAAAAUUGACCGAGUGUAAUCGAUGUGCUUAAUGU